CGGAAGUGCCAGGCAGGAAAUAGAUCCUGGGGGACAAUAAUAAGGUUACACCCGACCAAGGGCUUUUGAAAGCCUGGAAGCAAGGCAGUCUCAAUACAGACAGCAGCAAUGCGGAUAACAGUCUAAUGCGUUUGAAAUAUGGCUUUUCCUGAACCAAAGCCACGGGCCCCGGAGCUGCCGCAGAAACGGUUGAAGACCCUGGACUGUGGUCAGGGCGCGGUGCGAGCCGUGCGAUUUAAUGUGGAUGGCAACUACUGCCUGACGUGUGGCAGCGAUAAAACCCUAAAGCUGUGGAACCCGCUGCGUGGGACGCUGCUGCGGACGUACAGUGGCCAUGGCUACGAAGUGCUGGAUGCAGCCGGUUCCUUUGACAACAGCCAUCUCUGCUCUGGUGGUGGAGACAAGACGGUGGUGCUGUGGGAUGUGGCAACUGGGCAGGUCGUGCGCAAAUUUCGGGGUCACGCUGGAAAGGUGAACACCGUUCAGUUUAACGAAGAGGCCACAGUCAUCCUGUCUGGUUCUAUCGAUUCCAGUAUCCGAUGCUGGGACUGCCGUUCUCGGAAGCCUGAGCCAGUGCAGACGCUAGAUGAAGCAAGAGAUGGCAUAUCCAGUGUAAAGGUGUCAGACCACGAGAUCCUGGCAGGCUCCGUGGACGGCCGAGUGAGGCGCUAUGACCUAAGAAUGGGGCAGCUCUUCUCAGACUACGUGGGCAGCCCCAUCACCUGUACCUGCUUCAGCCGCGAUGGGCAGUGCAUUUUGAUAUCCAGUCUGGACUCUACUUUGCGGCUUCUAGAUAAAGACACAGGGGAGCUGCUGGGCGAGUAUGUUGGCCAUAAGAACCAGCAGUACAAGCUGGACUGCUGCCUGAGUGAACGUGACACACACGUGGUCAGCUGCUCUGAGGAUGGGAAGGUGUUCUUCUGGGACCUGGUAGAGGGUGCCCUGGCACUGGCCCUGCCCGUGGGUUCUAGUGUGGUACAAUCAUUGGCUUACCAUCCCACGGAACCCUGCCUGCUGACAGCCAUGGGGGGCAGCAUCCAAUACUGGCGAGAAGAGACCUAUGAGGCAGAGGGUGGAGCAGGCUGAG